AUGGAGGACGACAAGAUGACAGAUGCACUUGAACGAAUCAUUGUGGAAUGUCUUCAGCAUCCUGACAAGAAGAAAGAUUUUGUGCGCGAAGGAACGUUGGGGUUGUUGCUCGAUCAAAGCAACAAAAUGGAAAAGCUAUUUUGCCACGAACAAGCCGCUGCAGUAUUGCAAAAACUGACUUACGAAAAUACAUUCUGCCAAGCAGAUCUUGUCAAUGCUGGCAUUGUCCGUCACUUAAUACAACUCUGUGAUAUAUUUAAUCCCAGUGGUUGUCAUAGCAACUGUUGCCAAGUGAUAUACAGUUACAGCAAAGAAGCAAAKGACUGUCUGGGUGAAUUGACCCUAAAGAAAAAACUCAUUGGAAAUGUUACACAGUUGAGCAGUAGUGAGGCUGCAAAAAAGAUGKCAUCUUUGGUUCAACAAGGAGUUGACAUUCACAGCUUUGGUGAAGAAACAGAAAUGAUUUUCAAAAUUGAUCUUUAUGAUACAACAACCAGUAAAGAUGUAAGAAUCAGUGAACAACUUAAAGCCAAGGGAUUAGUGUGGCCUGAUUUAAGCUGUACUGAACAAGUGUUUGAUGAAARAACUAGUCCAAGCAAAGAGGUCAAGAGUGUUUGGAGUGAUGUGACCUUGAUGCAGGUUAUUAAUGCAGGCCAUUUUUGGGCUCAUGUGGGUGGAGAGGUUGUUAAGGACAACAUUAACAAAAUACAAGAAUACCUGAAGACACAGAAUUUAGCUCCAUUGCCCCAGAUACCACAACCAGGUUCGUUAGUAUGCUGUGGUGAGUUAAUCAAUGGGCAGAAGAUGACAUACAGAGGUCGCAUCAUCUCGUCAAAGGAUGAAACAAAAGUCACAGUGUUUGCAAUAGAUUUUGGUUUUACUGCUGUUCUCCCAGCUGAUUCAGUGUAUGGUCUUCCAGCAAGUUUGAAUAGCUAUCUACCCCAGRUUUCUCUGUGUUGUUUGUCUGGAGUUCAAGCUCCACCAAAGAAUCCAUCUGUACUGGAAUAUACUGCUGGAGCUCUAAGAAAUCUCAGUCAGACAAAUGAGGACUUCAAAGCUUACAUUGUCACAAGUGGAGGAAUUCUAGCUUUGUUAAAGCUGUGUCUAAUCCCCAACAAAAGAAUACUUCUACAAGCCAWUGGUGCUUUGUCCAACCUGGCUCUAGACUUUAGGUACAGGCCAAGGAUUGGAUUCCUUGGUGGGAUCAAGAUUUUAUUAAACCUUUGUUUACAACAGGGAAAUGAUGAAGAUGUGAUGAUGGCUGUCGUUGGUGCAAUCCAGAGUGUCAUGGUAGGCAGUACUAUCAAUCGUUCCCGGGCUCUUGAAGCACAAGGGCUUGGUAUUYUGAUGCAUGUAUACUCAAGUGCCAAUAAAGAUGAAUUAAGAGACAGGACUCUGAGAGCRCUSAAGAAUCUCAUUGGAAAACAAAGUGGGGAUCCUAGUGAAAGYUCAUUGCAAACUCCCAAAAAGACAUUAGACUUGAGAUCUGUCAUGGAUGUAUGUCCCACAAAACAGAGUAAAUUUUCGUUGUCAAUAGCACCUGAUGAUGGUUACAGACGUGGCACCGAUAGACCACACCCCACCGACAUUGAACGGAGUCGACGGAGAAGAGCUAGAAGAGGUAGAAGUCUGGUAGACCCCAAGCCUACUCAAAUCGCUAUGUCCGUGGAGGCCUUGAACAAGCAGUCAAGUGAUUUAUCAAGCUCAGAGUCUGACACUGAUUCAGAUGAACGGUACGCAGGGAGGUGGACUAGUGAGACUGAUGUUGAUACUGAUGGAGAAAUGCUGAUCAAGGACAGCAGAACUGCAAAAAUCCCUAGCUAUACAAAGCUGGCCGAAACUCUUGCAAGUGAAAGGUACUAUGUCCAGACGCACUACAUGUCUUUCACAGAGGACGAAACUUGUGAAUUCAGUUCACAGACAAAUGUGCACGAUAUAUCCAAGAGAAAAAUAUCAAAAACACUCUGCGCAUUCCUUAAUAACAAGAAAUGUGGAAACAUCUAUAUUGGUGUUCGGAAUAAUGGCGAAAUAUGUGGUGUUCGGGUCAAGAGAAAAGAGCGUGAUCUUCUGCGYUUGGGUUUAGACGAGAUGGUAGAAAACUUCAAACCUUCUUUGAAACAUGACAUGUACAAG